UCUUUCCCCAUCUGCUCCUAACGAGUUAAAAUAAACGAGCCUCUUCCUAGACCAGCCUUUAUGGAAGGGAAGAGGGUGGCUUGAAACCCUUCCUUUCCUAGCCUUUAUUACCCUCUCCUGCAGGGAAGGCAAUCUGGUUUUUCCAGGCUGAGCAGAUUUGGGGAGGCUUUGCUGCCAGUGCAUUCAGUGUAGCCCAACUUGUUGCCGAAGGAAAUGGCUUCUGUGGAGGAUGGAAGGGAGUCGCCAGAAGGACUCCAGGAAAAUGAAAUGAAGAUGGAGAGGAUGGAUCUGUUAGAGUCCGAACUUGGACAGGGCACCUCUUCCACCAUCUUGGGACAUCGACGUGGAGGAGAGACGUUAGCCCACUUUGUGCCAAACUUAAGGGACGAGGCCCGGAAGACUGGUGACACCAACACCAUGGGAAGCGUCCAAGAUGCGGAGGAAGAAGAGGAGGAGGAUCUCCCGGAGGCCGACAGUCCAGAAGCCCAUCGCCAGCUCUUCCGACAGUUCUGUUUCCGAGAGGGCGAGGGUCCCCGGAGAGCUUGCCGUCGCCUCUGGGAGCUUUGCCACGGGUGGCUGGAGCCCGAGAGGCGCACCAAGGAGCAGAUCCUGGAGCUGGUGGUCCUGGAGCAGUUCCUGGUCGUUCUGCCCCACAGGAUCCGGCACCGGGUGCAGGAAGGCGGGCCAGAGAACUGUGCCCAGGCUGUAGCCCUGGCAGAGAGCUUCCUGCUGGAGCCACCAGAGGAACAGGUACCAGGGACAUUCAAGGAAGAUGGCAGCAAUUCUCUCAGUGCAGAGAUGGGUUUACCAGAUACUUGGAAGAGGAUGUCUCUCAGUUUGGUCAAACAGGAAAAUGAAGGAGAGGUCACUCUUUUAGGAGGUGACAAGAGGCUCCGCAGGGCAAAGGCAAGCCGGGGAGAAAAUCCUGGGGAAGUGCAAGCCUACGGGACAUUUCCUGGAGACGACGCCUCUCACUUUGCUGACCGGAGUGAAGCAGCUUCCAAUAGCAGAAAAGGAACUAGUCCCGACAAACCGUGGGUUCGAAUAGGCAAGCGUGGUGUUCCGGAAAAUAAAAACACUCGUUUGGCAGACAGACGGUAUCAGUGCACCUUCUGUGAGAAGAGCUUUAAGCACCGGUCCACGCUGACGGUCCACCAGCGAACCCAUACGGGUGAGCGGCCGUAUACCUGCUCACACUGCGAGAAAAGCUUCAUGCAUCGGUCCAAUCUUAUCGUUCACGAGAGAACCCACACGGGUGAGAAGCCCUACAAGUGCCUGGAUUGCGGGAAGAGCUUCGGCCACCGCUCCAACCUGAUCGCCCACGAGACGGUCCAUGCGGCUGGGGCGCUGUACCAGUGCGUGGAGUGCGGCGAACGCUUCGAGCACCUCUCCCACCUCAAUGCCCACAAGCCGGUCCACUUGGAGGAGAAGCCCCACGAAUGCACCGACUGUGGGAAGAGCUUCAAGCAGCGGUCGGCGCUCACAGACCACAAGCGCACCCACCGCGGGGAGAAGCCGCACAAGUGUUCCCAGUGUGGGAAGACCUUCAGCAAGCGGUCCGCCCUCAUUGUCCACGAGAGAAGCCACGCGGGGGGAAAGCCCUACCACUGCUCAGAUUGCGGGGAGAGCUUCAACGAUAGGUCGGUUCUUGUGGCUCAUGAGAGGAUCCAUGUUGGGGAGAGACUUUGCUCGCAGCUGGCUCCUUAUUACACAAAAUGGACUUCUGGUGUCCAGUUCAAGGAGGAGAUUGACAAGGUGGAAAAUGUCCAGAAGAGGGUCACCAAGAUAAUAAAAGAUUGGAAAUCCAAGUCUUAUGGGGACAGGCACCUGGACGGAGCACUCGUACGGCUUCUCGCCCGUGUGGAUCCUCUUGUGGACAAUGAAGUUGGAGUAAUCGUUGAAGCGCUUCCCGCAGGCUGGGCACUCGUACGGCUUCUCUCCCGUGUGGAUCCUCUUGUGCCGGGUGAGGCUGGACCCGGUGUUGAAGCCCUUCCCGCAGAAAUCUUCAGCCAGGAUCACCGCUUGGGUGCAGGUCUGGGGGCUACAUUCCCGGACCCAGCUCUGCAUCUCCGAGGGCAGGACAGCCAGAAACUGCUCCAGGAUCACCAGCUCCAAGAUCUGCUCCUUGGUGUGCCUCUCAGGUUUCAGCCACUGGUGGCAGAGCCUCCGGAGAUGCCGGCAGGCCUCACGAGGCCCGUCAGUUUCCUGUUGACCAGCGAGAGGGCGAGGGCGAGAGCGGCCGCAGGGGUGGCAGGGAGGCCUCCCUGGGUGCUGCAGGGCGGAUGGAUUAUAUGCACAGAUGUUGGGAAGGCAACACUCAGUCCGAACGCUCUUGAGACAUUUCCUAGAAGAGCCAAAGGGAUGGCCACACUUGGUAGCGAUUCCGAAGAAGGCUCCGAAAGGCCACCUGGUGACCACCUGAAGGAAACCAAAGUCCAGUUCAUUAAUUCUUCCGGAGGAUACGUUGAGGCGGAGGACUACCUGGCCCAGCAUAGCAUCAUCAAGACGGAGGUCGAAGAGGAUGGUUAUGAAAGUCUGCAGAACUUUGGUUGGAGCCCAGUUCUCGUGAGGAGCCCCACCAAAAUGACGGGAGAGAAACCUCACCGGUGCUCGGUCUGCGGGAAGACCAUCUCCACCAAAGCCAAGCUCAUCAUCCACGAAAGAACCCACACGGGGGAGAAGCCCUUCGUGUGCUCAUACUGCGGGAAGCGUUUCAACCAGCAGGCGCACCUCAACGGUCACCAAAGGACCCACACAGGGGAGAGGCCCUACAAGUGCGUUGACUGUGGGAGGAGCUUCAGCGACGGGACGUCCUUCAAGCGGCACCAGCGGAUCCACACGGGAGAGAAGCCCUAUGAGUGUGCGGACUGCGGGCGGUGUUUCCGCGACACCACGGGCAUCAAGCGGCACAUGAUUGCCCACAUGGCCAAGAAGCCCCACAAAUGUGAGGAUUGUGGGAAGAGCUUCCUGCACCGCUCGGAGCUUAUGAAACACGAGAAAAGGCACCCCAGGGAAAAGCCGUACGGGUGCUCAGUCUGCGCACAGAGCUUCAGUAAGCCCCUGUACCUUUUUCGGCAUGGGAUCGUCCACGUUCGAGAGCAGCGGGAGCACCAGCAGCACAUGAAGGGCUUUCCUCCCGAAAACCAAGGGGUUGUUCCCUCAGAGGGAUCCGAUGGGAUCAGGGUCCCGAUUCCGAAAUGUGCUGCAAUGCGCAUGGAAGGCGGGAGGACCUUCCGGUGCUCGGAGUGUGGCAAGAGCUUCAGUCAGCAAACCAACCUGGUGGUCCACUGGCGGACUCACACCGGGGAGAAGCCCUACAAAUGCUCGGAUUGCGAGAAAACCUUCGGCGACCGGACCUCCUUGAGGCGGCAUAAGAGGAUCCACACGGGCGAGAAGCCCUAUCAGUGCUCCGAGUGCGGGAAGCGCUUCAACGACAGCACCUCCUGCAAGAGGCACAAGACCACCCACACGGGCGAGAAGCCACAUAAGUGCGAACAUUGUGGGAAAAGCUUCAUGUAUCAAAUUCAACUGAAUAAACACAAGAGGUGCCACGCAGGAAAGGCCCUGAAAUAAACGUGCCAACUUGAAGGGGAAUAUUUUUUUUCCGACUCGACAUACAUUCAUGUUACCCCUUGGAGAAGGGAUGCCCAGGGCUGCCCCAACAGAAGCAGCCUGAGAUUUCUGUAUCGGGUGCAGACGUGAUACAGAGCAAGCGCCAGUCUUAUCCUCCUUGGAAGCCAUCAACUACCACGUCUUGUGGUAGCGAGUUGCAGAAGUUAAUAAUGUGCAGUAUGAAGAAUUGUCUUUUGUUUUUCCUCGUCCGAGCUGAACCUAUUGACUGUUUCGUUCGGAUGACCAAAAGUUCUCAUUUUCCCUAGACAGAUGUUCUCUGUCCACUUUCUCCAUACCAUUCAUAAUGAAUUUUCUAGCACAUCCUUUCACUUAGUCUUCCCUGUGUGUUAGCCUCUCCUUGUAGUGGGGUGGGAUGGGAAUGGAUUGAUCCAACCCCCUAAUGUAAUUUUGGUUUUUCUGUGCUGGGCCCAGCCCAAUAUUAAAAUAAAAAGCAAACAUUAACUUAUAAUGGAUCCUGGCCUGACGUUCCUAUGUUUGAAGGUGUGCUGGUGAAGGUAUUAGUAAACUCUCCCUUGUCUCCCAACUCCCUAUUGGUAAAGGUCAACUUGUAAAUUAUCUGUGAAAUAAAUAAUAAAAAAGAUGUGUCAAAGAGGA